AUGAAGGGACUGCUCGAGGUCGUCACGGCGUUCCUCGCCGGGGCCGCGUGCGGCGCGAGCGUCUUCAAGUUCGGCUGGCACGCCGCGGCGCCGCCCGAAGCGACGGGGCACCUCGCGCCGCCGCAGCGCCUCCCGCCGCCGCCGCGCCGCGCCGCGCCGCGACCGCCCGCGCCGCCGCGAGACGCGCCGCGACCGCCCGCGCCGCCGCCGCGCCCGUCGCUGCUCCGCUUCCGGACCACCGCCGGCGACGUCGACGUGCGCGUCAACGACACGCGAUGCCCCAAGAGCGCCGCGCAGCUGCGGGCGCUCGUCGCGUCGGGCUUCCUGGACCAGCGCCUCGCGUUGUGGCGCGUGAACAAAUGGAUCUGCCAGUUCGGCGCCGACAAGAGCCCCGCCGCGCGGAAGCGCGACGGCGGGGAAGACCCCUUCGCGGCCGUCCGCAGAUCGUUCGGGAACGACGCGCACCCGGACUGCGGCGCCGGACCGUGCGAGGGCGGCCUCGCGCCGUGGCGCCGCGGGGACCUGGCGCUCAUCGGCUCCACGGCGCUGCUCUUCGUGCGCGGCCCCAACAAGCAGAUGGGCACGAACCGCAACGACUGCGCCGUCGCCGGCGUCGUCGACGGCCUCGCGGUCCUCGACCGCCUCGACGAGAGCUACGGCAACAUGAUCGACCACAAGCGCGGCCUCGCGCAGAAGGAGAUCUUCAAGACGGGGCUCGAGGGCGUCCUCCGCGACUUCCCGAAGACGGACAUCCUCGAGGGGACGACGCUCAAGGCGCCGACACAAGUCCCAUCGCUGCCGCAGAGCUACGAGUCGCCGGCGCUCGAGCCCAUCCUGCUGGACCGGAGCUCGUCGCUCGAGGAGAAGAUCGGCGGCAUCAAAGCGCACUACGAGACGCGGCCCUGGCUCGUCGCGCGGCGCCUCGCGUCCAUCUCCGCCGCGGCGCUGCGGAGCUACGGCGCCUGGGCGCGCGGGUCGCCCGACGACUUCGACGAGUUCGCGGCGCGCGCGAAGCGCGCCAAGGGCCUCCGGCCCGGCGCGUCGCCGCGGGGCGCGGUGCUCCGCGACGAGAUCUCGAAGCUCGGCGUCGUCUUCGUCAAGCUCGCGCAGACCAUGGCGACGCGGCCCGACAUCAUCGGCGAGGAGGCCGCGGCGAGCCUCGAGAGCCUCCAGGACGGCAACCGUCCGUUCGACGACGCCGUCGCGCUCGCGAGCAUCGAGGCCGAGCUCGCCGGGUCCCCCCUGGAGCUCGUGCACAUUUCCGACACGGCCGUCGCCGCGGCGUCGCUCGCCCAGGUCUACCGGGGCGAGACCGCGGGCGGCGCGGCCGUCGCCAUCAAAGUGAGGCGGCCCGGCGUCGUCGACCAGGUCGCGCUCGACACCUACGCCGUGCGCGUCAUGCUCAAGGCGCUCCAGGAGUUCUGGGGCACGAACUCGACGGACUACCCGGCCAUCGUCAACGAGGUCACCGCGGGCCUCUUCCGCGAGUUGGAUUUUCGCGAGGAGGCGUCGAACGCCGCGCGGUUCUGGGACGCGCACCGGCCCCUCGCGGGCUACCUGCGCGUGCCCCGGGCGGGCUACGCCCGGGGCGACGCGAGGGGCUGGUCCGUGACGCCGCGGGUCCACGUCGCGGAGUGGAUCGACGGCGAGCCGCUCGGCGCGAUCUCCGAGGCGAGGCAGCGCGCGAUGGUGCAAAAGGGCUUGGACGUCUGCUUCCUCCAGCUCUUCGGCACGGGCUUCGUCCACGCGGACCCCCACUACGGCAACAUGAUGUACGACCGCGACGACAACCUCGUGCUCCUCGACUUUGGCCUCGUGACGAAUCUGACGGUGCCGCAGACCGAGGCGAUGGCGACGGCGGUGACGGCGAUCCUCAACGAGGACUGGCCGACGCUCCUCGACAGCUUCCGGGACAUCGGGUUGGUGCCGCCGGAGCCGGCGAUCUGGGUCGACGCGAAGACGGGGGAGCCCAUCAGCGGGCUCCUGCCCGGCGCGUGGCGCCGGUGCUCCGAGGACGAGUUCGCCGCGUCGUUCGUCGAGGCCCUCGAGGGCGGCGGCGACCGCGCCCUGGCCGGGUCCUUCACGGAGAUCACGGCGCGGCUCACGGAGCUCGCGCUCACGUACCAGUUCAUCCUGCCGCCCUGGCUCCUCUUUGUCGUACGGGCGGUGAUCACGCUCGACGGUUUCGCCGCGGGCAUGGACCCCCCUUUAUCGGCGCUCGCGGCGGCGGCGCCCCACGCGGCCUGCCGCGUCCUGGCGCCGCGCACGGCCAAGGGCGAGGCCCAGCUCCGCGCGUCGCUCUUCGAGCCGGGGUCGACGCGCCUCGACGUGGAGCGCCUCGCGGCGCUCGCGACGGCGGCCGCGGAGAUGCCCUGCGAGGACGACGCCUGCUCGGUCGACACGGCGCGCCAGCGGGGCGACGACGCGGCGAACGUCGCCGCCCGCGUCGCGGCGCUGCUGCUCGCGGACGCGGACGGCCGCGCGCUCCGGCGCGUCGCGCGAGACGUCGAGGCGGCGCCGCUCGUGGCCCGCGCGCGCGGCGCCGUCGCGCGCGCGGCCUUCGGGCGCGCCGCGGCGCCGGCGCCCCUGCGCGACGCCGCGCGCGCGGCGCGCGGCGCCCCGGCGGCGCUCCUGCGGCGCCUGCCCGGCCUCGGCCCGCGGCGGCCCGCGGCCGUCGCGGCCGCGGCCGCCGCCCCCGUCGCCGACGCGCUCGCGGGCGACGCGCGGUUUUUCGAGCCGGCGGCGCGAACGGACCUCCCGCCGCCGCCGGCCUGGCGGAAGCGCCGCGUGCUCCGCGUCCUCGCCGCGAAGCACGCGCGGGACCUCCUCCUCCGGCCGCGCCACGCCGCGUCCCUCGCGGGCCUCGCCGCGGCCUUCGCGGCGCUCGCGGCGCGCACGCGAUGCUCGCGCAAGCUGCAGGAGUACCUGCAGGACCUCGCCCGCCGCGAGGACCUGGAGCUGCUGCGGGCGCCGCUGCGCGAGCACGACCUCUUCCCGCCGGACAAGGACGGCGCGACGGCGGCGAUCACGGGCGAGGAGCUGAAGAAGCUCGUGCGCCACUGGAAGCUCCACGAGGCGCGCGGCUUCUGGAAGAUGCACCCGCAGAAGGAGGACCUCGUCUACGCCCUCCUCGAGUACAUGGAGGACAAGGAGGAGUACAACCGCAAGGGCCCGACGCGGCCGCCGUCGAGCAAGCCGACGAAGGAGCCGCCGAAGGUGAAGGCGCGGCGCCAGUCGCAGGUCGACCUCGCGACGUUCCGCGUGUCCGUGCUCAAGCCCUACGGCGGCGACCUCUUCAGCCAGCGGGACCACACGCAGGGCCUCAUCUACCUGAGCCGGCAGAAUUUGCGGGGCGGCGCGGGCGCCGGCGGCAAGGUGCAGGCGCAGAAGUCGAGCCCGCGGAACCGGCACAACUCGUUCCUCACGGGCGACUUCCUGGGCGUCGGCGGCGGCGCCGGCGGCAAGGAGAGCGGCGGCGGCGAGACGCCCGAGGAGCAGCAGGCCGCGGAGCGCAUGCGCGAGCGCUGGCAGGCCAUCAUCGUCGAGAUCUUCCGCUACAGCACGACGCCCGGCGACGAGGAGCACAUCAUCGGCGAGGGCGCGCUCCACGUCAUCGACAAGAUCGGCAAGACGGAGCAGGCCGCGGCGUCGCUGACGGACCUGAAGAUGGCGACGUACUGCGCGGCGACGCUCGCGAACCUGACGACGGAGCGCGCGGUCCACGGCGUCCUCAUGCCGCCGCAGCAGAUGGUCGUCGCGGAGGCGCUGAGCCUCAUGUCGACGCACCACGCCACGGAGCCCACGGUCAUGCUCCUGAGCUGCCUCAUCCUGGGCCACCUGAGCGGCCACUACGGCGGCGAGGACGCGCUCAUCGCGACGUGCCUCUCCACGCUCGCGUCGGGCAUCGCCGUCGACUCGGCGACGUGCCGCAAGGUCGCGCUCGUCGCGCUCGCGAACCUGCUCACGUCCGCGGAGCGGAACCAGCUCGUGGAGCACAUCGUGCCGGCCAUCAAGUACCUCACGUCGCUCGCGGAGCACGAGGCCGCGCUCCUCGUGCUCGCGGCGACGUACAACCUCUCGUUCUUCGACAUGCCGCGCAUCGCGCUCAUCGAGGGCGGCAUCAUCGUCCUCGUGUCCUCGCUGCUCUACCAGGGCCUGCUCCGCGGCGGCAAGGUCGGCGCCGGCGACGACGGCACCGGCGCCGCGGGCCGGCCCGACGGCGACGCGGUGCUCCACACGCUCGCGGAGGUGCUGCUCAACCUCACGUGCACCGUCGACGGCCGCGAGCGCAUGAUCAAGGACGGCGCCGUGAAGACCUUGGUGGACCUCGAGCAGAUGACGACGGCGAAGCAGUCCAAGGAGGUCAUCGGCCUCGCCGUCGCGAACCUCACGGGCGCGGAGGUGAGCCACAUGCUGCCGACGGUGUUGGCGCACGGCGCGGUGCCCACGCUCGUCGCGCUCGUCGACUACGUCGGCGCCGUCGAGGCGCGGGGCCGUUUGUGCGUCGCGCUCUGCAACCUGAGCGCCGAGCCGGCGAACCGCGAGGCCAUGAUCGCCCAGGGGAGCCACGUGGCGCUGAAGAAGCUCAGCGACGGCGAGGCGACGACGUCGUCCGUCCAGGUGCUCGUGCUCGUCGCCUACAUCAACCUGCUGAGCGUGCCCGAGAACCAGUGCGAGAUCGUCGAGGCCGGCGUCCUCGAGCUCCUCAAGCGCCUCACGGCGGACCCCGCGGUGUCGCCCGAGGUCCGGCGCUACGUGGGCAUGGCGCUCGCGAACAUCGCGGACGACCUGAGCCGCCACAACUCGUCGACGCACACGGACGUGCUCGCCAUGAUGACCCUCCUCGCGACGAACUCGGGCAUCGAGCUCCAGCGCAUCAUCGCGUCCGCCUUUGCGAUGUUCGCGCACAUCAUGACGGUCCGCGACGAGGCCGGCGCGUCGCCCGCGGACCGCGCCAAGGAGGACAUGCUCCUCACGGACGACGUCGUCAACACGAUCAUCACGCUCUGCGCCAUGAAGGACACGGUCGUCCUCAAGUUCGCGGGCAUCGCGCUCAACAACCUCUCGCAGGAGUGCGCGUACCACGACGUGCUCCUCCGAAACUCCAUCACGAACGCGCUCCAGCACCUCGCGGAGUCGCGCGAGGACGAGGUGCGCCGCAUGUGCGCGUCGACGGUGCGCGCCCUCACGGCCUCCGACGAGCUCCGCGCCGCGGAGACGUCGACGGUCAAGGGCUUCAUCCGGGUUUUGGGCGCGCUCGACACGUCGCGCGCGGCGGACAUCAUCAACUUCACGGCCGCGGCGCUCUUCUCCAUCUCCUGCAUCCGCCAGCACAGCGGCCUGCUGACGUCGGACUCGUCGAUUCUGUGGCGCCUCUUCGGGAUGAUGCGCGGCGGCCAGGAGUCGACGCAGCUUUACGCGGCGCGCGCGCUCUGCAACCUCACGUGCGAGGAGAAGUGCGUCCAGACGCUCCUGCGCGAGAAGGCCAUCGCCGACUUCAUCGCCAUCGCCAUCCUGCGCACGAACAACGAGGAGGUCAAGGGCGUCUGCGCGGAGUGCCUCUUCAACCUCAUCCGCUACGAGCGGACGCGGCCCAAGCUCCUCAAGGAGCCGAACAACGUGCUCUGGGCCAUCUCGCGCCUCUUCCGCGUCGAGUCCGAGCGCACGCAGCGCAUCGGCGCCCUCGUCGUCUACAACUUGAGCUGCUCCCAGGACACGGCGAGCACUUUGAUGGAGACGAUCAACGCCGCGGAGACGCUCGCGUCCGUCGCGCUCCACCACGGCCACGAGCCCAAGUUCUGGGCCGCGGCGGCGCUCUGCAACCUGAGCUGGACGACGGAGUUCAGCGCCAAGCUCGUCAACGACGCGUCCGCGCACCGGCCGCAGCGCGACAACGAGAAGGGCGGCCGCGGCAUCGUCAAGGUGCUCCGGAGCCUGCUCGAGGCGGACCUCGCGCCCAAGGUCGCCCUCGAGGUCAAGGUCAAGUGCACGCUCGCGCUCUACAACAUGGCCAUGUGCAGCCCCGAGGUCUCGGAGCGCCUCGUCGACGACGGCGUCACGGUCUUAUUGGAGGCGCUCCUCGCGAGCGACAACCCGCUGGUCCUCGAGCUCGCCCUCGUCGUCUGCUACAACAUCUCGCUCGUGCCGGGCUGCGACGUCGCCAUGGUCGGCUACCAGAUCGGGAGCAGCCUCAUGAAGCUGUUGGAGGGCCUCACGCCCGACGACGCGGGCGCGCGGUUCCCGCGGAUGCACCUGUCGACGUUCCUGCUGGUCUUGGGCACGUUCUUCAACCUGAGCGUCAAGCCGGACAACCGCCACGCCCUCGAGACGAGCGGCCUGAGCCGCGCGUGCAUGCGCAUCGCCGUGCUCCGCGACGGGAGCCCCGCGAUCCUCCGCGUCGUGUCGUCGAUCCUCCACAACAUGUCCUGGGAGCCGGACAACCACCGGUUGCUCCUGGCCCAGUGCGACCUGCUCAUCCCCUGCGUGACGACGCUCGUGGAGACGGGCCACGCGACGGACGGCGAGCUCGAGCAGCGGCUCCUCGACGUGGGCAACGUGCUCUGCAACCUGUCCUGCUCCCACUCCUUGAACCACGAGCUCGUGUCGGCGCGGGGCAUCUCCUGCCUCGCGUCCGUGGCGCGCGUCACGGCGAAGCUCGACCCGGCGACGACGAACCCGGAGGUCAUCAUGAGCCUCCACGCGCGGACCGCGAGGAACCUGAGCCACGUCCACGCGCCGCACCAGAUGCACAAGCUCCACCCGGCCUGGCUCACGGACGAGAUCGAGCCCAUGAUGAAGCUCCUGAGCGGCGACCACGGCGCGCCGAAGCCGAGCGCCGCGCGCCUCGACGACGCGGCCGCGUGCCUCUACAACCUGCUCACCGUCGGCGGCACGGACCUCCACGCCGCGGACAAUCUGAGCGCGCUGCUCACGGCCCUCUUCAAGCGCGUCGACAAGCCCCAGACGCGGAGCCUCUGCGCCGCGGCGCUCAUCGCGCGCCAGGGCGACCAGGAGGGCGCGCACUACUCCGACGGGUCCGUCGUCGCGCUCUUCAGCGCCAUGCAGUCCGAGGUCUCCGGCUACGACGCCGCCGCCGCCGCGUCGCCGACGAAGAUGAAGACGGACAAGCGCCAGAUCUCGCCGGGCGUCGACGACGACGACGCGCACGGCCACCACGACACGCUCUCCUACUUCUUCUCCAAGGUCGACGCGGGCACGUGCUCGCCGUCGACGAUCCGGAGCCGCCAGGUCGACCGCGACAAGAUCGUCGUCGAGCCCAUGUGGAUGCACUUCGAGCAGGACUCCCACGUCGUCUCCGAGGGCCUCGAGGCGCCGCCGACGCAGUCGCUCAAGCUCCCGAAGCAGCCCGCGGACCCGCCGAGGACCAUGUAUACGAAGUCGUCAGGGCGCUUCCGGAAGAUCAUCCUUUUCCCCAACAAGGUCAAGGCCGAGAACGACGCGCACCACUCCAUCAAGGACGACGACGCGACCUGGGGCGACCACGGCAGCCAGUUCGAGAUCGUCACGACCUUCGACUUCGGCCAGGUCUACCCGCCCCUCGCCGCCUAG